AUGUGGAAGGUGCCGGUUCUACUCUUGGUUUUGGGAAGCGCCUGGCUCUGGAUCCCGGCAGGAGGAGCUAGCACAGUCCGGCCAGAAGAUGACAUUAUGACACCAGGUGUGGAAGAUGGCAUGGUGACCCUAGGUGCAGAAGACAAUGUGGUGACCACAGGUGCCGGCGCAGACCCUGAGGAGUCUACUGGCCCGACAGGUCUGGUGCCAACAAAUACAGAGAGUAUAACAGACUUUCACAUAGAGGAUGGGCCAACUCAAGAAAGUACAGGCCAUGCCAAUGAAGAAAGCCAGAGCACCACAACCUUGAAUGUGGUGACCAGUCACUCCAUAGAGAAAAUAGGUGAAGACACAGAGACAACAGUUGAGAAAGAUGGCCUGGCGACAGUGACCCUGGUUGGAAUCAUAGUUGGAGUCUUACUAGCCAUUGGGUUCAUUGGUGGGAUCAUCAUUUUGGUUGCUCGAAAAAUGUCAGGAAGGUACUCGUAA